AUGUCUGCGGUUAACCCAGUCAACCCCAAGCCAUUCAUCCAGGAAUUGACCGGCAAGCCGGUAUACGUGAGGCUGAAGUGGGGGCUCGAAUACAAGGGCUUCCUUGUCAGCACCGAUGGAUACAUGAACCUCCAGCUUGCCAACACAGAAGAAUUUCAGGACGGCAAGUCUAACGGCGCUCUAGGCGAAGUGUUCAUUAGGUGUAACAACGUGCUGUACAUUAUAAAGGCUCCCCUAGAGUGA